GCCUACUGAAAUAACGGCCCAUCAGCUCGCUAUCUCCCUGUUGCCGAAUGGUUCCUAGCCCCUACCCCUUCCCAUCCCCUACUUUUCAUAGCCAGAGGGUCGUAAACUACUUCCGAAAGUUCCACAUUCCAUGUCAUCUUUCCGCGGUUUAAAAUUUUUUUGAUCGUCAGUCUGUUUGCCUUGCAAGCCUUAAGCUAACGUCAUAUAUGGUCGUAUUUGGGCAUGGCUAAUUAAGUUUUUUUUUAAUGUAAUUUUAUUUCCUUUAAUACAAUGCCAAAGUGUAUGUGCUGUGUAAGAUUUUGCAAUAGUUCAAACUUUGUGGAAAAGAAAUCUAAGUUACAUUUUUUUUCGUGGCCUAAAGAUGAGAAUGUUGUGGAAACGUGGCUCAAGGCAUUCUCAGACAACAGUUUUGUCACGGGUUUUUCUAAAUAUUUUAAGGUUACCAAUAACUUGAGAAUUUGUAGCUUGCAUUUCGAGGCGAAAUUUGUUAAUGAGAAUACUAAAAAACUUAUUAAAAAUGCUAUUCCUACCAUUUUUCAAUUACCAACACAUCACUCCACAAAGGCAUGUACAACAACUACAAAUGUGGACAGGACACCAUUAACAAACAUAAAUGGUCGAUUGAAAUGUGUACCCUCCAUUAAGGUAACUUCAAGUGAUAAAACAGGGAGCUCUUUUUUUGCUCGUGACUUACAUUCUACAUCCACUAAUUCUAACUCAAUUAGUGGUGAUGUGGGCUACGACUUCUCCCUUCUAUCUGAAGCUACAAGUGACACAACAUUGGACUCCUUCGGUCAUGACUUGGAUCAAAAUGGUAUAUCAACUUCUCAUUCUAACGUCCUUCAAGGAGAUUUAGAAUUAUCUCUUCUCUCUGGAACUACUAGUGAUAUAACUUUGGACUCCUUUGGUCAACUAUUCUAAAAGCAAGUGAUGCUUACGGAGAGAUAAGAAAAUCAAAAGUAACUGGGAUGGCGUUAGGAUGAGAAGUGGAAAUACCAGAUAGAUGUGAAAAAUUAUCAAAGUUCACUGUUUCAUCACAUGUUUUCCAAUCAUUGAAAAAAAAAUUACAAUUUAAUAUUCAAUUAAAA